AGACGCUACGAGCGAUCCCGAGUUACGCAACCCCCAGUUUUAGUCAAGUCAGUGGUGCUAUUUUGGCAACCAACAGACACACUGCAUUGAGCUUUUGUUCGUCCGUAACUAUCGUUUCAAAUAUCGUAUUUUAAAGUAGCCUGCUGGCUAGCUAUCAAACAGACUAACUUUUCUCAGCAUUUUUAUCUAGCUGGCUAACUUCCUAUUUUUUGCAUUCCUUCUUUGUCUAGCCGACGUUUGUUUUUUGUUGGUGGUUUCUUUCUGGCCAGUUGUUUUCCCCCUGGGUUUGGACUUUUUCUUCCUGACCAGGUUCCAACAGGCAGCUCGGGAGUUGAGAUGUCGAACCGAACAGUGUGCAGAGAAGCAAGUCACGCUGGCAGUUGGUACGCCGCCUCAGGUAGAGAACUGAACCGGGGAAUGGGCUAGAGACCAGGGGUUAUCUAACCAAGCUAGCUAGCUAGCUAGCUGCAGACAGCUCUCUGUAGUGUUUGGGUUGAGACUGGUCUCUCUUUGGGCUGUUGUCCUGGGAAGUAACUAUACUGAACAAAAAUAUAAACACACCAAUUUCAACGAUUUUACUGAGUUACAGUUCAUAUAAGGAAAUCAGUCAAUUGAAAUAAAUAAAGCCCUAAUCUAUGGAUUUCACAUUGACUGGGAAGGGGCGCAGCCAUGGGUGGGCCUGGGAGGGCAUAGACCCACACACUUGGGAGCCAGGCACACCCACUGGGGAGCCAGGCCCAGCCAGUCAGAAUGAGUUUUUCCCAACAAAAGGGCUUUAUUACAGACAAACAGAAAUACUCCUCAGUUUCAUCAGCUGUCCGGGUGGCUGGUCUCAGAUGCUGGCUGGUGUUGUGAGGCAGGUUGGACAUACAGCCAAGUUCUCUAAAAUGAUGUUGGAGGUGGCUUAUGGUAGAGAAAUUAACAUUAAAUUCAAUGGCAACAGCUCUGGUGGACAUUCCUGCAGUCAGCAUAUCAAUUACACGCUCCCUCAAAACUGGAGACAUCUGUGGCAUUGACAAAACUGCACAUUUUAGUGGCCUUUUAUUGUCCCCAGCACAAGGUGCACCUGUGUAAUGAUCAUGCUAUUUAAUCAGCUUCUUGAUAUGCCACACCUGUCAGGUGGAUGGAUUAUCUUGGCUAAGGAGAAAUGCUCAUUAACAGGGAUGUAAACAAAUUUGUGCACAAAAUUUUAGCUAAAGCUUUUUGUGCAUAUAGGAAAAUGUCUGAGAUCUUUUAUUUCAGCUCAUGAAACCAACACUUUAUAUGUUGCGUUUAUAUUUUUGUUCAGUAUAGAUAGGUUGCUAGCUAGUUGGCUAAUUGAGUAGGAGAGAGGUGAGGAAUUAUUUUAUAUUAUAGGAAAGCACAACAGGCCGUGCUCUCCCAAUCAGCUGUCUCAGAGCAACAAAGCCUGCAUUGGUUUUUUCCUCCUGUCCUGGUGAGAUGAAAUGGCCUGAUCAUAUAAACCCUGGAUUGCUGAUGCCAUGUAUUGGCCAUGGAGAGGCUCUGAAACCACUGGUCGGCCAUAUUGUCACUCCCAGUAGGAGCAGUCCUCCAUAGGAAUGAAUGGAAUUCAUUGUUUCAAGGACAAAAUUAAAUGUAUUUAAGUAUUUUUGUUGUUUUAGUGGGGACAGUAACAUGAAUCAUCUCAAAAAAUUAUACUUUAGGAAAUGUUUUAAUAUAUUUGUAAAAAAAAAAAAUUGUUUAGCUCACAGUUAAAAGUAAGCAUUACAGUGUCUAUAAUAGAAUGUGGCAAAAACGAAUGUAGAAAUUAAUAAAUGCAUUUCUAAAGCUUCCAAAAUAUUUUGUUUACAAUUGUGGGGGAGUGCCAAUAUGGAGGCACAGUGGCUUCAACACAGAGCCCCAUAGGGCCCCGUGUAGCUCAGUUGGUAGAGGAUGGCACUUGCAAUGCCAGGGUUGUGGGUUCGUUUCCCACGGGGGACCAGUAUGGAAAAUUUAUGCACUCACUAACUGUAAGUCGCUCUGGAUAAGAGCAUAUAAAUGACUAAAAACGGGAGCGAUUUCAGUGCCAACAGAAACAGCAUUUGAAUUAAAUAUUUUUUGCAUUUGGAAUUUGAAUGUAAUAUUUUGGAAUUUGUAAUGCACAAAUUGAUUAAUUGAAUUCAUAAAUUGAAUUUGUAUUUCAUGGUUUGAAACUGAAUUGAAUUAACAUUGCAUUCAGUUUUAAAUGUUUUUAAUUACAUUUUCAAAUUCAAUAUUUAUUCAGGUUCAGUAUGGUCUCGAUACAAUUGUUUGUAUCGAGUUUACAAACUAUAAUUUCAAGUUUCUCAAAGUUUAAUAUAUUCAACUUCUCAGACGCAUUCAGAUUCAUCAAAAAAAGUUCAAUAAAUUCAGAUUAAAACCAGAGACGACAUUCUGGUACGUUUCCAGCAAGGAAUGAUAGAAGAGAACAGAUAGAAUCAAAAACGCUCUCUGUAUUAAACAGGUUUCUGGUGGUUCCUGAAGCCAAUGUGGCAUGUUUAAUUUAUUUUCUUCCUGUGAAUUUGGCUCUAGCGUUUGGACUAUAAGCUACUAUGACCCCAUUCCUGAAAGCUAAGACUCUCUGGAGCAUGGCCGUGCCUUCUGUUCCCCUCUAGACACGUUUAUAAGGGAGUAAAAAAUAAUUAAUUACGGAGUAAAAAGAAUAGCCCUGUCUUAGCCCCAUAGCACUUCCUAAUUAAUGUCACGACUGUGUUAGCCCACUUAGCUAAAGCCGAUAGGGACGAGUUCAGGAAGCUAACACAAGUCUUCGGCAAGGUUACUCAUGAAAAGAGCGUGGACCCCGGAUACAUUUCACCCCCCCCCCCCCUUUGACCUCCUACUCAGAGAUCACGGCACCAAUAUAGCUGACUGGAUAUAGCUGACUGGAUAUAGCUGACUGGAUAUAGCUGACUGGAUAUAGCUGACUGGAUAUAGCUGACUGGAUAUAGCUGACUGGAUAUAGCUGACUGGAUAUAGCUGACUGGAUAUAGCUGACUGGUAUUGGCUGACUGGAUAUAGCUGACUGGAUAUAGCUGAGACCCAUCCAAGUCACAGAACCAAUGCCUAGGCUUUAGCUCAGUAGGCUAACAGUCUUAACCCAGUCAGUCACGUUACCCUUAUAAUGUGUACCGUUGCCGGAGACGUGUCCAACUAACACGAGUAUCUCAUCACGUAAACAUGGGUCACCAAACCACGCUGUUGUGAUGAGUAACCUUGCUGGAUCUUGAAGACUGGUAUUAGUGUAGCAGAUGGGGAUCUGUGACAACUCACUCCUCAGCCUGAAGUUUUGCCCCUUGCGCAAUUGAAGAAGGCCUUAAAAAAAAAAAAAGUUUGAUGGGUUGGUAUGCAACCGGAGGUGGGGGGUCGCGUUUGUUUUCAAGGCAAAGGUCCUGAGUUUCAGUCUCCGUAUGAGCUGAAUCAGGAAGAAGCGGUACUCGCUGAGUAAGCAGCGUGUCGUCCUUUACAUUAACUUCCAGAUCUCAUCCCUGUGGGCUUUAGCUAAGCGGGAUAACAUAGUCUUGUGACAUGCAGGAGCGCUGGUUCAAACCCAGUCAGUCACAACAACAUUUACAUUUGACAUUUUAGUCAUUUAGCAGACGCUCUUAUCCAGAGCGACUUACAGUUAGUGAGUGCAUACAUUAUUAUUUUUUAUAUAUUUUUUAUACUGGCCCCCCACGGGAAACGAACCCACAACCUUGGCGUUGCAAACGCCAUGCUCUACCAACUGAGCCAAAUCCCUGCCAGCCAUUCCCUCCCCUACCCUGGACGACGCUGGGCCAAUUGUGCGCCGCCUCAUGGGUCUCCCGGUCGCGGCCGGCUACGACAGAGCCUGGAUUCGAACCAGGAUCUCUAGUGGCACAGCUAGCACUGCGAUACAGUGCCUUAGACCACUGCGCCACUCGGGAGACCCAACAAGGUGGGAAAGCUAUCCUUAGAAUGGCUAUGACGGGGCUAUUCAACUAUAUUGUUAUGGGGGCCAAAAUUGUGGUUCCCUUCUGCGCAUCCUAUUUGUAUUUAUUAUGGACCCCCAUUACUUCCUGCCAAGAAGAGCACCAGCUGUUCCGGAUGACUGUGUGAUCACGCUCUCCGUAGCCGAUGUGAGUAAGACUUUUUAAGCAGGUCAACAUUCACAAGGCCGCAGGGCCAGACGGAUUACCAGGACGUGUACUCCGAGCAUGUGCUGACCAACUGGCAAGUGUCUUCACUGACAUUUUCAACAUGUCCCUGACUGAGUCUGUAAUACAAACAUGUUUCAAGCAGACCACCAUAGUCCCCGUGCCCAAGGACACUAAGAUAACCUGCCUAAAUGACUACCGACCCAUGGCACUGACGUCUGUAGCCAUGAAGUGCUUUGAAAGGCUGGUCAUGGCUCACAUCAACACCAUUAUCCCAGAAACCCUAGACCCACUCCAAUUUGCAUACCGCCCCAACAGAUCCACAGAUGAUGCAAUCUCUAUUGCACUCCACACUGCCCUUUCCCACCUGGACAAGAGGAACACCUACGUGAGAAUGCUAUUCAUUGACUACAGCUCAGCAUUCAACACCAUAGUGCCCUCAAAGCUCAUCACUAAGCUAAGGAUCCUGGGACUAAACACCUCCCUCUACAACUGGAUCCUGGACUUCCUGACGGGCCGCCCCCAGGUGGUAAGGGUAGGUAACAACACAUCUGCCACACUGAUCCUCAACACGGGGGCCCCUCAGGGGUGCGUGCUCAGUCCCCUCCUGUACUCCCUGUUCACCCAUGACUGCAUGGCCAGGCACGACUCCAACACCAUCAUUAAGUUUGCAGACGACACAACAGUGGUAGGCCUGAUCACCGACAACGAUGAGACAGCCUAUAGGGAGGAGGUCAGAGACCUGGCCGUGUGGUGCCAGGAUAACAACCUCUCCCUCAACGUGACCAAGACAAAGGAGAUGAUUGUGGACUACAGGGAAAAAAAAGAGGACUGAGCACGCCCUCAUUCUCAUCGACCGGGCUGUAGUGGAACAGGUUGAGAGCUUCAAGUUCCUUGGUGUCCACAUCACCAACAAACUAUCAUGGUCCAAACACACCAAGACAGUUGUGAAGAGGGCACGACAAAGCCUAUUCCCCCCCAGGAGACUGAAAAGUUUUGGCAUGGGUCCUCAGAUCCUCAAAAAAUUCUACAGCUGCACCAUCGAGAGCAUCCUGACUGGUUGCAUCACCGCCUGGUAUGGCAACUGCUCGGCCUCCGACCGCAAGGCACUACAGAGGGUAGUGUGUACGGCCCAGUACAUCACUGGGGCCAAGCUUCCUGCCAUCCAGGACCUCUAUACCAGGCGGUGUCAGAGGAAGGCCCUCAAAAUUGUCAGACUCCAGCCACCCUAGUCACUCUCUGCUACCGCACGGCAAGCGGUACCGGAGCUCCAAGUCUAGGUCCAAAAUACUUCUCAACAGCUUCUACCCCCAAGCCAUAAGACUCCUGAACAGCUAAUCAUGGCUACCCAGACUAUUUGCACUGCCCCCCCACCCCAUCUUUUUACGCUGCUGCUACUCUGUUAAUUAUUUAUGCAUAGUCACUUUAACUCUACCCACAUGUACAUAUAACUUCAACUACCUCAACUAGCCGGUGCCCCCGCACAUUGACUCUGCACCGGUACCCUCCCUGUAUAUAUAGCCUCCCUACUGUUAUUUUAUUUUACUUCUGCUCUUUUUUCUCAACGCUUUUUUGUUGUUUUAUUUUACUUUUUUAUUAAAAAUAAAUGCACUGUUGGUAUUUUUUUAUUCUGUACCGGCUUCCUUCUUUUCACUCUGUCAUUUAGGUUAGUAUUGUGAAGUAACUACAAUGUUGUUGAUCCAUCCUCAGUUUUCUCCUAUCACAGCCAUUAAACUCUGUAACUGUUUUAAAGUCACCAUUGGCCUCAUGGUGAAAUCCCUGAGCAGUUUCCUUCCUCUCCGGCAACUGAGUUAGGAAGGACACCUGUAUCGUUGUAGUGGCUGGGUGUAUUGAUACACCAUUCAAAGUGUAAUUAAUAAUUUCACCAUGCUCAAAGGGAAUUUCAAUGUCCGCUUUUUUUUAUUUUUACUCAUCUACUAAUAGGUGCCCUUUGUGAGGCAUUGGAAAACCUCCCUGGUCUUUGUGGUUGAAUCUGUGUUUGAAAUACACUGCUCGACUGAGGGACCUUACAGAUAAUGUUAUGUCUUGCACACAGAGUGAGUCCAUGCAACUUAUUAGGUGACCUUGUUAAGCCCAUUUUUACCCCUGAACUUAUUUAGGCUUGCCAUAACAAAGGGGUUGAAUACUUAUUGACUCAAAACAUUUCAGCUUUUAAUUUGUAAUUCAUCAAAAAAAAAAAAAAAAAAUAUAUAUAUAUAUAUAUAUAUGAAAACAUAUUUCGACUUUGACAUUAUGGGGUAUUGUGUGUAGGCUAGUGACACAAAAUCUCAAUGUAAUCCACUUUCGGAAGGCACUGUAUAAGAGCGGUUGGGUCCAGCAGAAGACCAAUUUCUGUUUCGUACGGAAAGUGUUAUUUUUCUUUUAAUUUGUUCCGUCGCUUCCCUUUCAGGCUCCCAGCUGAAUACACAACUGGAAGGUUGGUUGUCUCAAGCCCAGUCCACUGUCACACCAGCCAGAGCAAUCAUAGCACCGUAAGCACCACUGGUCGUUGUGAUAUCUGUCAUGUGAAAAGGCCUCAUCUUGUCGUCAAGAGUCACUCUCUAAAUAUGAUUUUUGAUAACGGCGUAUGAAUGACUCAAAUGUAAAUGUAGUGAUGGGGGCAGUGGCAGGUCAAAGGUCGUCCUCAAAGGAUGUCGUCUUUUCUAUUGUUCCAGUCUCCCGAGUGGCGCUGUGGUCUAAGGCACUGCGUCGCAGUGCUAGCUGUGCCACUAGAGAUCCUGGUUCGAAUCCAGGCUCUGUCGUAGUCGGCCGCGACCGGGAGACCCAUGGGGCGGCGCAGAAUUGGCCCAGCGUCGUCCAGGGUAGGGGAGGGAAUGGCCGGCAGGGAUGUAGCUCAGUUGGUAGAGCAUGGCGUUUGCAACGCCAGGGUUGUGGGUUCAAUUCCCACAGGGGGCCAGUAUGAAAAAAAAAUAUUACAAAAAUGUAUGCACUCACUAACUGUAAGUCGGUCUGGAUAAGAGCGUCUGCUAAAUGACUAAAAAUGUAAAUGUAAAUGUAAUGGUGUCUUGCUGCCAUGAUGUCACUUCCUCCUAACAGAUAUCUGUGAUUUCAGGCAUGCAGGGUAUUCCUACUGUGGCGCUUGUGCUGCACACGCAUACAAACAGAUAGACCCUUCUGUCACGUAAGUCAUUUAACCUCGUUUACAGUUACAUUACAAAUGUUCAGUGAAUUUUUAAUAAAUAAAACAACUUUUUUUGUCAGUAACGAAAUGAAUUUCCAUGUAGAAGUAUCAUCACAUUAUAUAUCGAAAUUAGAUGGUUUUAAAAUGUAAAUGUAUUGUUUUUCGUUUCUACAUUUUCCCUCCUUAUCAAACCUUAGAUCUGCCUGCCCUGUUUCACCCUGAAGGAACUAUCCGCCCUUAGUUACCUCAGACAGAGAGUAUUUAGCGGUAUUGGCCUAGCCUCUGUCACGGCUUCACCUUGGAACAACGUGAGCGAAAAGCCUGGCUACUAAUGGCCCGGUGAAUGGUCCACUGAGCUGCUAAUGUGAGUCAGAGAGGUAAAAGGUGACAGAGUCCUCUCUUCCCCCCUGUAGUCGCAGGGUGUUCAUCUUGGGUCCGUCUCACCACGUUCCUCUGUCCCGCUGUGCCCUGUCAUCUGCUGAGGUUUAUAAAACCCCUCUCUACGACCUCCGGAUUGACCAGAACGGUAGGUACGCACGCACACACACACACACACACACACACACACACACACACAUAUAUAUACACACAUACACACACACACGUUCUGUGCCCUGUCCUCUGCUGAGGUUCAUAAAACCCCUCUCUACGACCUCCGGAUUGACCAGAAUGGUAGGUACACGCACACACACACACACACACACACACACACACACACGUUCUGUGCCCUGUCCUCUAAUGAAUGGUUUAUAACACUGCUCGACGACCUCCGGAUUGACCAGACGGGGUAAUUUUCUAGUUUUCCUAAUGUCAAGAACCUUGUUUUUGAUGUUUCUGUGUUGUAUUUUGCCUUUUAAACUUCGAAGCUUGACACUUGUAGAAAAAAACAAAAAACGUAAAUGUCCUCAGGGGACCAACCGUCUGACUGACACUGGAAAAGAGACAUUCUCACUGACGAACAAACAAACCAAACAAGCUGCAGUGUGUCUAGUAGGUGUGGACCGGUUCACCAAACCUACAGUUCGGUAUGUAUUGCGGUUUUGGGAUCACGGUUCGGUUUCAGUACAGCGGGAAAAUGAAAUGCCAACAGUUACUGUAGUUCAUUAUAGUUUAUUAAAAAAAUUUAAAAAAUACAAAGUGUUGGUAUUCCUGAUUUUGUGAAAACACACGAUUACUCAUCAACAACACUAAAAUAAAGUGCGAUAUGCGUGUGUAAAGGCUGUAAUGUUUUUCUUACAAAGAAAAGACGACGCACGCUUGUGACUCUCAUAAAGGGGGCGUGUCUGUAGCGUGGUGCUUGUCAUUUCCCACUCCAGGGUCAUGUGAUGUAGCUCUCUGUAGCCCCGCAGGUCCAUCCAUCUGUAGGAAAGGCAACACAGGGUGCGUUGGCCAAUUCACUGACAACUUCGGCUUUAGCUUGCUUAUAUAGAAGCAGGUAAUAGCUGUUUGCUGAAAUGGGUGGGAGAAGGAAGUUCCUAACGUGGCUCGAGCUGAAGCCUCCUGUUCCUCUCGACCACUGAGAAAGGCGUGGCAUAUCCGCGGCAAAAACACCUAUCGCUCUUGUAAUUUCUUCGGCCCGGUCAGAAUCAGCUGCCAAGGGCUGCUUGACUGCAGAGGGGAGACGAUGUUGUGUUGUAGUUUCUUUGCGUUUCCGUCAUGCUCCGGUAUACUGGGGUGAUGUCGGCAAAAAUGUGUCAACCUGUUUUGAGAUGUUGGCAGCUGCAGAGGCUAUUCUCGUUGAGCGUGGCGACAUACUGUUAACCUUUUAUCCACAACUCUCUGUCCAUCGGCGUUGGAAUCUACUGGGAAGCCAAAAUGUUCCCAAACUGGAGAUUUUAAACGAUGAUGGAGAAAUCCUCCUGGUUUAUCAACCCCCACCACUCGCCAUCGUACAGAACUAGUUCCCCGCUGCGCCUCACAAAAGGACAGUUUGAAAUGCACCAGUUAAGAUUUGAUUACAAUGUCUGCAUAGGCUGUAGUUGUUUUAACUGAAUAGCCUGAAAUGUUUUUUCAGCUCAAUGUACUCGGCAGCGUACAAGGCAGCGUAGUCUAUUGGCUGAGGGUUCUUAUUGUUAUGUAUUCAUUUGGGUUCACAGUGCGGACCGAACCCAGGUCCCGUACCAGAACGGUUCAGGACAAAUACAUGCUAAGGACUAGCAGUAAUAUGCUAAUUCAAGCCUUACUUGGCCAGUAAUAAUUCAUGUGCAUAUUGAAUCCUCACUCUCUCUCUCUCUCUCUCUCCCUCUCUCUCUCUCUCUGGUCUCUCUUCUCUCUCUCUGGUCUCCCUCUCCUCUCUCUCUCCUGUCCUUCUCUCUCCUCUCUCCGGGACUCUCUCUCCUCUGUCUCUCUCUCACUCUCGCCUCUCUCACUCCUUCACUCUUCUCUCUCUCUCUCUCAUGUCUCUUCUCUCUCGCUCUAUGUCUCUCAUCCUCUCUCUUUCUCUCUUUUCUCCUCUCGUCUCCUCUCUCCUUCUCUCUGUCUCUCUGUCUCUCUGUCCUCCUCUGUCUCUCUGUCCAUCUCUGGUCGCUCGGUCUCUUCUGUCUCUCCUCUUCUCGUGUCGUCUCUCUCUCUGUCUCUCUCUCUCUCCCUCCCCCUCUCUCUCUCUAGUCUACGCUGACCUCUGGAAGACUGGGAUGUUUGAGAGGAUGAGUCUUCAGACAGACGAGGAUGAGCACAGCAUUGAAAUGCACCUGCCUUACACUGCUAAAGCCAUGGAGAGGUAAGACAGAGGAACUAGCUAAAAGGAUGUCUGCUUCAAUAAUCACAAGCAGAGAGGACAGUAAUACAGGCCUGAGAGGCUGCAGGGAUUCGUGACCAAUAGAGGAGAGCUGUGGGUCAGUAAUGACUGGUUUGCCUUGACAUUUUGUGUAGUUCUCUCUCGCGGUCUCCCCCAGCCCCAGGAUGGUUUGAGUCAUUACUAUGGUUUAUGAUUGAUUGUUUACUAAUGAAAUAAGGCCUGCAUGCUCAAUUAAUGGACCCACUCAAUAAACACACACACACCUUGUGUUAGGUUGGUUUAAUAAACACACACAUACAGUUGAAGUCGGAAGUUUACAUACACUUAUGUUGGAGUCAUUAAAACUUGUUUUUCAACCACUCCACAAAUUUCUUGUUAACAAACUAUAGUUUUGGCAAGUCGGUUAGGACAUCUACUUUGUGUUUGACACAAGUAAUUUUUCCAACAAUUGUUUACAGACAGAUUAUUUCACUUAUAAUUCACUGUAUCACAAUUCCAGUGGGUCAGACGUUUACAUUCACUAAGUUGACUGUGCCUUUAAACAGCUUGGAAAAUUCCAGAAAAUGAUGUCAUGGCUUUAGAAGCUUCUGAUAGGCUAAUUGACAUCAUUUGAGUCAAUUGGAGGUGUACCUGUGGAUGUAUUUCAAGGCCUACCUUCAAACUCAGUGCCUCUGCUUGACAUCAUGGGAAAAUCAAAAGAAAUCAUCCAAGACCUCAGAAAAAAAAUGGUAGACCUCCACAAGUCUGGUUCAUCCUUGGGAGCAAUUUCCAAACGCCUGAAGGUACCACGUUCAUCUGUACAAACAAUAGUACGCAAGUAUAAACACCAUGGGACCAUGCAGCCGUCAUACCGCUCAGGAAGGAGACGCGUUCUGUCUCUUAGAGAUGAACGUACUUUGGUGCGAAACGUGCAAAUCAAUCCCAGAACAACAGCAAAGGGACCUUGUGAAGAUGCUGGAGGAAACAGGUACAAAAGUAUCUAUAUCCACAGUAAAACGAGUCCUAUAUUAACAUAACCUGAAAGGCCGCUCAGUAAGGAAGAAGCCACUGCUCCAAAUCCGCCAUAAAAAAGCCAGACUACGGUUUGAAACUGCACAUGGGGACAAAGAUCGUACUUUUUGGAGAAAUGUCAUCUGGUCUGAUGAAACAACAAUAGAACUGUUUGGCCAUAAUGACCAUUGUUAUGUUUAGAGGAAAAGGGGGAAGGCUUGCAAGCCGAAGAACACCAUCCCAACCAUGAAGCACGGGGGUGGCAGCAUCAUGCUGUGGGGGUGCUUUGCUGCAGGAGGGACUGGUGCACUUCACAAAAUAGAUGGCAUCAUGAGGAAGGAAAAUUAUGUGGAUAUAUUGAAGCAACAUCUCAAGACAUCAGUCAGGAAGUUUAAAGCUUGGUCGCAAAUGGGUCUUCCAAAUGGACAAUGACCCCAAGCAUACUUCCAAAGUUGUGGCAAAAUGGCUUAAAGACAACAAAGUCAAGGUAUUGGAGUGGCCAUCACAAAGCCCUGACCUCAAUCCUAUAGAACAUUUGUGGGCAGAACUGAAAAGGUGUGUGCGAGCAAGGAGGCCUACAAACCUGACUCAGUUACACCAGCUCUGUCAGGAGGAAUGGGCCAAAAUUCACCCAACUUAUUGUGGGAAGCUUGUGGAAGGGAACCCGAAACGUUUGACCCAAGUUAAACAAUUUAAAGGCAAUGCUACCAAAUACUAAUUGAGUGUAUGUAACCUUCUGACCCACAGGGAACGUGAUGAAAGAAAUAAAAGCUGAAAUAAAUAAUUCUCUCUACUAUUAUUCUGACAUUUCACAUUCUUAAAAUAAAGUGGUGAUCCUAACUGACCUAAGACAGGGAAUUCUUACUAGGAUUAAAUGUCAGGAAUUGUGAAAAACUGAGUUUAAAUGUCUUUGGCUAAGGUGUAUGUAAACUUCCGACUUCAACUGUACCUUGUGUUUGGUUGGUUUUAAUAAACGCACACCUUUUUUAUUAGGUUGGUUUAAUAAACACACCUUUUUAUUAGGUUGGUUUAAUAAACACUCACCUUUUUAUUAGGUUGGUUUAAUAAACACUCACCUUUUUAUUAGGUUGGUUUACAAGUGUUCAGUCCCUGUAAAAGCUUCUACCAUCUUGGUCAGGUAACGGUCCCCAGUACAUCACACACAUACGGACUUGUAAUAUGUCGUCUCCCUCUCCUACUACAGCCAUAAAGAUGAGCUCAGCAUUGUCCCGGUGCUGGUGGGAGCCCUCAGUGAAUCUAAAGAACAGGACUAUGGGAAACUGCUCAGCAGGUAUCUGGCUGAUCCCUCCAACUUGUUCAUCAUCUCCUCUGACUUCUGCCACUGGGGUACGUACUGAGAAGGACUGGUAGGGAUCAAUAUUAUACCCUGUUCACGCUACUGAGUUGAGCUAGUCUGGCUAUACAUCUAUCCACCGUAGUUGCUGGAACUGUGCUGGAAAGAUAACGUGAAAAGAAAAGCCAGCACUGUUUAGUUUGGUUCAGGGCAAUCGUGUGAAAGGCGUUCUAAAUAUAGAAACAAUGGUUCUGUCUCCUUCAGGGUUGGGUUCUGUCUCCUUCAGGGUUGGGUUCUGUCUCCUUCAGGGUUGGGUUCUGUCUCCUUCAGGGUUGGGUUCUGUCUCCUUCAGGGUUGGGUCUGACUUAAUAUCUGUCCCUCCUCCCCACAGGCCAACGGUUCCGCUACACCUACUAUGACGAGGCUCAAGGAGAGAUCCACAGAUCCAUUGAACACCUUGAUAAAAUGGUUAACAACACAUUCUGAUAUUCACUUCCACACUAGGUUGUAACACCACACUUCUCAUAUCGCUUCAUUGAUAUGAUUGAGACCACCCCUCUCUCUCUCCAGGGUUAGGGUUAGAUAGCUAACUGUUAGGUGUAUCAGGCUGGGUUCUGAACCCCUCUCUCUCUCCAGGGUUAGGGUUAGAUAGCUAACUGUUAGGUGUAUCAGGCUGGGUCCUGAACCCCUCUCUCUCUCCAGGGUUAGGGUUAGAUAGCUAACUGUUAGGUGUAUCAGGCUGGGUUCUGAACCCCUCUCUCUCUCCAGGGUUAGGGUUAGAUAGCUAACUGUUAGGUGUAUCAGGCUGGGUUCUGAACCCCUCUCUCUCUCCAGGGUUAGGGUUAGAUAGCUAACUGUUAGGUGUAUCAGGCUGGGUUCUGAACCCCUCUCUCUCUCCAGGGUUAGGGUUAGAUAGCUAACUGUUAGGUGUAUCAGGCUGGGUCCUGAACCCCUCUCUCUCUCCAGGGUUAGGGUUAGAUAGCUAACUGUUAGGUGUAUCAGGCUGGGUCCUGAACCCCUCUCUCUCUCCAGGGUUAGGGUUAGAUAGCUAACUGUUAGGUGUAUCAGGCUGGGUCCUGAACCCCUCUCUCUCUCCAGGGUUAGGGUUAGAUAGCUAACUGUUAGGUGUAUCAGGCUGGGUCCUGAACCCCUCUGUCUUGUCUCUCCAGGGUUAGGGUUAGAUAGCUAACUGUUAGGUGUAUCAGGCUGGGUUCUGAACCCCUCUGUCUUGUCUCUCCAGGGUUAGGGUUAGAUAGCUAACUGUUAGGUGUAUCAGGCUGGGUUCUGAACCCCUCUGUCUCUCCAGGGUUAGGGUUAGAUAGCUAACUGUUAGGUGUAUCAGGCUGGGUUCUGAACCCCUCUCUCUCUCCAGGGUUAGGGUUAGAUAGCUAACUGUUAGGUGUAUCAGGCUGGGUUCUGAACCCCUCUGUCUUGUCUCUCCAGGGUUAGGGUUAGAUAGCUAACUGUUAGGUGUAUCAGGCUGGGUUCUGAACCCCUCUGUCUUGUCUCUCCAGGGUAUGGGCAUUAUAGAAACACUGGACCCCAUGUCCUUCACCAACUACUUGAAGAAAUACCACAACACCAUCUGUGGACGUCAUCCUAUUGGAGUGCUGCUAAACGUGAGUCAUAACGAGUACAACAACGACCAUACGGGUACAACAACGACCAUACGGGUACAACAACGACCAUACGGGUACAACAACGACCAUACGGGUGCAACAACGACCAUACGGGUACAACAACGACCAUACGGGUACAACAACGACCAUACGGGUACAACAACGACCAUACGGGUACAACAACGACCAUACGGGUACAACUACGACCAUACGGGUACAACUACGACCAUACGGGUACAACAACGACCAUACGGGUACAACAACGACCAUAUCAGUAUAGCAUCAGGCAUACGAUAAUCUGAUAUCUACCUUUUCUUAGUUACACACUUCUUCUUGCACACAGGGCUGUGUUAUGUGAUGUACCAGUCAAAAGUUUGGACACACCUACUCAUUCAAGAGUUUUUUUUCUAUAUUUGUACUAUUUUCUACAUUGUAGAAUAAUAGUGAAGACAUCAAACCUAUGAAAUAACACAUAUGGAAUCAUGUAGUAACCGAAAAAGUAUUAAACAAAUCAAAAUAUAUUUUAUAUUUGAGAUUCUUCAAAUAGUCACCCUUUGCCUUGAUGACAGCUUUGCACACUCUUGGCAUUCUCUCAACCAGCUUCAUGAGGUAGUCACCUGGAAUGCAUUUCAAUUAACAGGUGUGCCUUGUUAAAAGUUAAUUUGUGGAAUUUCUUUCCUUCUUAAUGUGUUUGAGCCAAUCAGUUGUGUUGUGACAAGAUAGGGGUGGUAUACAGAAGAUAGCCCUAUUUGGUAAAAGACCAAAUCCAUAUUAUGGCAAGAACAGCUCAAAUAAGCAAAGAGAAACGACAGUCCAUCAUUACUUUAAGACAUGAAGGUCAGUCAAUACGUAAAAUGUCAAGAACUUUGAAAGUUUCUUAAAGUGCAGUCGCAAAAACCAUCAAGCGCUAUGAUGAAACUGGCUCUCAUGAGGACCGCCACAGGAAUGGAAGACCCAGAGUUACCUCUGCUGAAGAGGAUAAGUUCAUUCGAGUUACCAGCCUCAGAAAUUGCAGCCAAAAUAAAUGCUUCACAGAGUUCAAGUAACAGACACAUCUCAACAUCAACUGUUCAGAGGGGACUGUGUGAAUCAGAACUUCAUGGUUGAAUUGCUGCAAAGAAACCACUACUAAAGGACACCAAUAAGAAGAAGAGACUUGCUUGGGCCAAGAAACACGAGCAAUGGACAUUAGACCGGUGGAGAUUUGUCCUUUGGUCAGGAGUCCAAAUUGGAGAUUUUUGGUUCCAACCGCCGUGUCUUUGUGAGACGCAGAAGCAUGGAGGAGGAGGUGUUAUGGUGUGGGGGUGCUUUGCUGGUGACACUGUCUGUGAUUUAUUUAGAAUUCAAGGCACACUUAACCGGCAUGGCUACCACAUCAUUCUACAGUGAUACGCCAUCCCAUCUGGUUUGGGUUUAGUGGGACUAUCAUUUGUUUUUCAACAGGACAAUGACCCAACACACCUCCAAGCUGUGUAAGGGCUAUUUGACCAAGAAUGAGAGUGAUGGAGUGCUGCAUCAGAUGACCUGGCCUCCACAAUCACCUGACCUCAACCCAAUUGAGAUGGUUUGGGAUGAGUCGGACCACAGUGUGAAGGAAAAGCAGCCAACAAGUGCUCAGCAUAUGUGGGAACUCCUUCAAGACUGUUGGAAAAGCAUUCCAGGUGAAGCUGGUUAAGAGUGUGCAAAGCUGUCAUCAAGGCAAAGGGUGGCUAUUUGAAGAUUCUGAAAUAUAAAAUAAUAUUUUGAUUUGUUUAACACUUUUUUGGUUACUACAUGAUUCCAUAUGUGUUAUUUCAUAGUUUUGAUGUCUUCACUAUUAUUCUACAAUGUAGAAAAUAGUAAAAAUAAAAAAACCCUUGAAUGAGUAGGUGUGUCCAAACUUUUGACUGGUAGUGUGUAUCUGACUGUUCCUGUGUCAUGUGACGUGUAUCUGACUGUUCCUGUGUCAUGUGACGUAUAUCUGACUGUUCCUGUGUCAUGUGACGUAUAUCUGACUGUUCCUGUGUCAUGUGACGUGUAUCUGACUGUUCCUGUGUCAUGUGACGUGUAUCUAACUGUUCCUGUGUCAUGUGACGUGUAUCUGACUGUUCCUGUGUCAUGUGACGUGUAUCUGACUGUUCCUGUGUCAUGUGACGUGUAUCUGACUGUUCCUGUGACGUGUAUCUGACUGUUCCUGUGUCAUGUGACGUGUAUCUGACUGUUCCUGUGUCAUGUGACGUGUAUCUGACUGUUCCUGUGUCAUGUGACGUGUAUCUGACUGUUCCUGUGUCAUGUGACGUGUAUCUGACUGUUCCUGUGUCAUGUGACGUAUAUCUGACUGUUUCUGUGUCAUGUGACGUAUAUCUGACUGUUCCUGUGUCAUGUGACGUGUAUCUGACUGUUCCUGUGUCAUGUGACGUGUAUCUGACUGUUCCUGUGUCAUGUGACGUGUAUCUGACUGUUCCUGUGUCAUGUGACGUGUAUCUGACUGUUCCUGUGUCAUGUGACGUGUAUCUGACUGUUCCUGUGUCAUGUGACGUGUAUCUGACUGUUUCCUGUGCCAUGUGACGUGUAUCUGACUGUUCCUGUGUCAUGUGACGUGUAUCUGACUGUUCCUGUGUCAUGUGACGUGUAUCUGACUGUUCCUGUGUCAUGUGACGUGUAUCUGACUGUUCCUGUGUCAUGUGACGUAUAUCUGACUGUUCCUGUGUCAUGUGACGUGUAUCUGACUGUUUCUGUGUCAUGUGACGUAUAUCUGACUGUUCCUGUGUCAUGUGACGUAUAUCUGACUUCCUGUGUCAUGUGACGUGUAUCUGACUGUUCCUGUGUCAUGUGACGUGUAUCUGACUGUUCCUGUGUCAUGUGACGUGUAUCUGACUGUUCCUGUGUCAUGUGACGUGUAUCUGACUGUUCCUGUGUCAUGUGACGUGGAUCUGACUGUUCCUGUGUCAUGUGACGUGGAUCUGACUGUUCCUGUGUCAUGUGACGUGGAUCUGACUGUUCCUGUGUCAUGUGACGUGGAUCUGACUGUUCCUGUGUCAUGUGACGUGGAUCUGACUGUUCCUGUGUCAUGUGACGUGUAUCUGACUGUUCCUGUGUCAUGUGACGUGUAUCUGACUGUUCCUGUGUGUGAUUGGUUGUGUUUUCCAGGCUGUGUCUGAGCUGAGGAAGAGUGGAACAGAGAUGAACUUCUCCUUCCUAAACUAUGCCCAGUCGUCCCAGUGCAGGAACUGGCAGGACAGCUCUGUUAGCUACGCAGCCGGGGCCCUCAUUGUACAUUGA